GAUCUGGCCUGCACUCGCUCUCUGUCUCUCUGCUGCACUGAGACUGCUGUGGGGAGCAUGUCCACUGACUGUGUGAGGUCACUCUCAGACAAAGCUGAACACACACUCACCAUGCACGAGCAUCUCUAUGCGAACACUGAAAUGGAAAAUCAGAAGCAGAGCUCCGAGGAACAUCAGCAGGACAAACUGGGACAGAAGAAACCCCGCAGGAAAGACACUCCCGUACUCAACAGCCCUCCACUCAUACCAGGCGUCAGACUGAUGAAGACAGAGGCUCAAAUGAUUCAUCAGGAGGAUGAGGAGAAGGAGAUGAAGAAGUAGAUGUGUUUCAAACAUUUGGUUUUCAUUGUAGCUAGCUAUUUUUUAUUGUCGUCUGAGCCUUCAUUUAAUGUAGGUUUCGCAGAUAUUUUUUUGCGUUGUCAUUUCAUCAUUUGAGUUACAUUGUAUAAACAACUUGGAAUGAUGCAAAUAACCUAUUUUAACUGCAGCAUGAACAUCAGGUUGGAAAAGUGUGAUUUUCAUUUAUAAAACUCUUUAUAAAAAUUUUCUAGUGCAUUAGUUUAUUCCUAUCAGUGUUGUAUAAGCGAUUUUAUGCAUAAUAGUACCCUACAAUGUGAUGAAACAGAGUUUAAAAUAGCUUGAAAUAUAUACAAAUUUUGAUGACUGCAGAAAAAUGUGAAUUUAGUUACACAUUAUCCCACCGGACACAACUUGACUGACCCUAAAACUGAAUUUUUCACACACUUAUCCAAAAAAAUAAAAAAGACUUGAUUUUCAAAGGGUUAAUAAUGACACAUCAAACAAUUUUGGAUUAAACGGGUUAAGUAUGAACAGCAGAUUAGAUUAGAUUGAGUCAAUCUAAAGAAACCUUUCAAGAAAAUGUCCAUGUCAUAUUUCACCCCAAAAUCUGAAAAAAAAAACUUAUGGUAACUAAAAUAAAAUAUUUUGUAAAAUAUUAAUAUGGUAACAUUUGUUGUAGUGCCUUUAUGUUUCCACAAUGGAAUGUGCAUAUUUGCAUGGAAUGUGCUUUUUAUUUUCACAACUGAAAAUAACAAUGACAAAAAAAAAAAAAGUACAAUUAUAUGGAUUUGU